AAAAUGCAUGUGCCCACUCACAGGUCACACCUGUCUCCGUGUCGCUGCUAAUCUCUAGGGUUGUUGGGAAUUAUAGAAAAUAUACUCCCAUGAGAGAGUGGAAAAGACUGUCUUUGAUCGUCUGUUUGUGUUAUUGGACUCACUCCAUAGUGGCUAAUUAAUUCCCCUGUUUCUCACCUGGAAGUGGAGCGAAAAAAAAAAGACUUUUUUAUCUUAGAUUUCAGCAGCAGAUGCGUGGAUCAGAAGACGUUAAGUAGAUAGAUCCUUUUGCUGGUUCCCAUUUGAUCUGCGAGGUGCGUCUGUUUCAGUUCGAUCUUGACUUGGGGGAGAUGGUGCUGCAGCUGGAAAACUUCGGCUUGGAUACUUCGUCGCCGUCCGUGGUUUACAUGGACGUCAACGUUGUGCCUGAGCACGACGGCGAGGCAUUAUUGGCUUCCACGAUCUCCGCCUUGCAAGCUGAGGUGAAGGAGUUGUUGGCGAAGCAGAUCUUUCUUGAUGCUAAGCGUCGAGAGGCGUUGAAUAGAAUCUUAGAUAUCAAAGGAAGCAUCAGAGUCUUCUGCAGGGUGAAGUUAAGGAAUGAGAAGAAGGCAUUGCCCAUCUCCAUUGAAGCAGACAAGAUCACCGUUAGACCCCUUGGAACCUGCAAAGACUGCAUUGUGGAUCGUGUCUUCCCUCCGGAGUCAACACAAGAUGAUGUGUUCCAAGAAGUGCGACCAAUCCUCAGAUCCGCGCUGGAUGGCCACAAUGUUUGCGUCUUGGCAUAUGGCCAAACUGGAACUGGGAAAACUCACACCAUGGAAGGAAGAAAUGGGCAACAAGGAAUCGUUCCUCGAGCAAUCGAAGAGCUCUUUCACCAGAUUUCUCAAGAUAAAUCUGCAAAGUUCAGACUGUCCAUGAGUAUGCUGGAGGUUUACAUGGGAAGUCUCAGAGAUUUGUUUGUUCAUAGACCUUAUUCUUCAGCUAGAUCAACAUAUUUGAUCCCUAAAAGUAACCUCAGCAUCCUCAGCGGUGCCGAUGGCACCAUUGAGAUUGAAGGACUCAUGGAUGUGCCAAUGAGCGACGCAAAACAGGCCUACCGAUGGUAUGCAAGAGGGAAACACGCACGCUCGACAUCCUGGACACAUGUUAAUGAUGCCUCAAGCAGAUCUCAUUGCUUGACUAGAAUUACCAUCUGCCGGUUGAGUAACGAUACCGCAAAAGGUGCUGUUGAGCAAGUAAGCAAGCUUUGGCUGGUGGAUCUAGGUGGAAGUGAGCGUUUGCUGAAAACAGGAGCCAAAGGACAAACACUUGAUGAAGGGCGAUCUAUCAAUUUAUCUUUAUCAGCCCUUGGUGAUGUUAUUGCUGCACUGAGAAUGAAGCGCAAUCACAUUCCUUAUAGGAACAGUAAGGUUACUCAGAUUCUGAGUGACUCAUUAGGUGAUGGUUCCAAGGUUUUGAUGAUAGUACAUAUCAGUGCCAGUGAGGAAGAUAUAGGAGAGACUAUUUGCUCUCUUACAUUUGCCAAAAGAGUUAGAGCAGUAGAUUCCAGUAGAGAGCUUUCAGAGGAAUCCAAGAAGAGAAAGGAGCAGUGCAUCAACGAGCUCGAGCAGCAGAUACAAGAAUCCGAGGACGAGCUCAAGAAGGUGAGAAGCCAAAUUGAGAAGACCGAGAGAUUGAUCAGAGAAAAAACCAAGCUCCACCAAGUUCCUUCUGACAUGAACAAUGGAUCACCAAGGAGCACUCUAAUUCUCGACGUCGAAGAAGAGAAGCCAAUCCAAAGAUCGCAAACUCGAGCUGCUCCGGGCUUCAUGUCCUCCACCGAGUGCAGCAGGCAGAGGCAGAAGUUAGCAGUGUCGACGACCAAAUGGAGGUCAAUGAGUGCAUCAACCAGGAAGCCACUGGAUUUCCUGGGACCGCAAACUCUGAGCUUCUCCUCGUUGCCAAAGAAGAGAAACAUGGCAUGUAAACCUAGUGAUCACUUGAACAUGAGCCAAAACAGCAUUGAUUCCAGGGGAUCAACAGCAUCAAGAGCCAAGAAGGUUUCGAAUUCUAAUCCUAAUUUGAUGGUCGCGUUGCAUAAGCACAGAAGAAGGAUGUCUGCCCUGCUCUAGCAAAGCAAAUUUCUUGGAGAGCAUUCUUUGUACAGAACUGACAUAUUGGGACUUGAGUUUAGUUUUUUUCCUUUCACCGCCCCCCUUUCUCUUUUGAGGGAUAGGCGUUGCCAAUUACUGGUUGGUUUUUUUGGUUUUUUCUUUGUAGUUCUGAAAACUAAUUUAUCUUGAUGUUUUGAGUUUGGAACAGAGAAGGGGCUUGUUGUAGAAGGUGUGCCGUUUUCCCCUGUCAAAGCUGUUCUUGGAUUUGUGAAGCUUGUAAAUUGCUAUAACUAUUGAAGCUUGUAAUCCUUUCUUUAUAAGUUAAUAAGUUUGAAUAAA